CCCCACCCGGGCCGCGUUCCGUCACCGACGUUUCUCUAGCGGGGACAUCGGAUUUCUUUUGAAAGGCGCAUUCUUUUCCCACGCAAGAAACUUUCUGAGGGAUAGCACUGCUCAACGAUAUACAAGAUGCCACGCAGAAGAUUCAUCGACAAGAAGAACGCCACAACCUUCCAACUUCUUCACCGUGCACAAAACGACCCUCUCAUCCACGACAGCGAUGCCUCACAAUUCGUCUUUCACGAGGUCCAGGCUCCUACUGCUACAAAAUCAGUCUCAUAUCCUUCCUCAUCCGCCGCCAGCCAUGUCAGCCAAUCUAGCUCUGCAAGUCGGCGUGCAAAUGCGACUCUCAACGACUUGGGCUCGGAGUUUGGUGAUGUGCGCGCCAACGAGGGCGAGGCGGCGGAAUACGGAAUAUACUAUGAUGAUAGUUCGUACGACUACAUGCAGCACAUGCGUGACCUGGGAAGCGGCCAAGGCACGACAGUCUGGGUUGAGGCGCCUGGUGCGACAAAGAAGGGAAAGCAAAAGCAGAGCUUGGAAGAUGCAAUAUCUGAAGCUGCAGAUUCACAGAGUCUAGCGAGUGGCAUGAGCAGCGCGAGCCAUGCGGCUAGUGACCUGUUCAACCCUGCGAACCUGCCGAGUGAAUUUGUGAAGAAGACGACAUAUCAGGACCAGCAGAAUAUCCCCGAUGCCAUUGCUGGGUUCCAGCCCGAUAUGGACCCACGGCUGCGUGAGGUGCUUGAGGCGCUGGAAGAUGAGGAAUACGUGGAUGAAGCCGAAGAGGGCGAUUUCUUCGAGGAUCUCACGGGCGCAGGCAUUGCCGUAGAUGAGGAAGCAUGGCGCGACGGGCUUUUCAGCGACGAAGCCCACGACGACAUCACGUUCGAGGAAGACGCAGGUUGGGAAACAGACGACACGAUCAAGCCCGACAAGGAACACCACGAGACGCCCGCGCCGCCCGUCAGCGAGCCAGCCGGCGACGCAACUGGCGUGCCGCUCCCAGCGCCCGACCAAGCGCCCGCCGACCGCGAAGACACAGACUGGCAGGGCGAAUUCGCAAAAUUCAAAGCAAGCGGCAAAGCCCCGCGCGCCGCCAAAGACGCCCACCUCCCCGACCACCUCCAAGCCGGCUCGAUCAUGACAGGCGCGUCGUCACUGCUCUCCGGCCGCAAAAAGAAGCGCAAGGGCGCCCUGACAGGCACAUCCGGCUACAGCAUGUCGUCCUCGAUCCUCGCCCGCACAGAAGCACUCUCAGUACUCGACUCGCGCUUCGAGCGCAUCGAGGAGGACUACGCCAACGACGGCAACGAGGGCAUGCCAGACGACGACGGCGCCUCGCUGCGCAGCGGCAUGACGGGCAUGAGCAGGAUGAGCAGGAUGAGCGGCAUCAGCACCAUGAGCGGCGCAAGCGUCAUGCGCGAGGACUUUGACUCGCUGCUCGACGACUUCCUGGGCGGACACUCGACGCAGGGCAAGAGCGGGCGCCGCGUCAAGAAGGGCAAGCAGCAGUCUGGCAUGGAGCAGCUGGACGAGGUGCGUCAGGGGCUGGGGCCCGUGAGGCUGGGCAAGCCGCAGCAGGCGGCGUGACGGGUGUUAUGGAUUUGGAAUUAUGCUAUCAUGAUUAAUUACUGCGUGCUGGAUGAUUUAUACGAU